UGGGUCGUCCAAUAGUACCACAAUUCAAAUUGGCGGACGAGGUUAGGGUUUUAAACCGUGAGAAAAGGAGGGAGGAUCACCGGAAGAAAUUGGAAUGGCAACGGAGUCAUCGGAGGGAGAGGAAGAGGGCAAGAUGAUCGGAGGAAAUCAGCACCUGGUUGUCGACGAAGACCUCCGUGAGAUGGCCAAGAAGGCUGCUUGGAGCGUUAGUUCUUGCAAGGCUGGCAAUGGCGUCCUUCUUCUUCGCGACGACAACCUCGAUACCUAUUGGCAAUCCGACGGUGCUCAGCCUCAUCUUGUAAACAUUCAAUUCCUCAAGAAAGUGAAGUUGCAACUGGUUGUAAUUUAUGUGGAUUUCAAGCUGGACGAGAGCUACACGCCGAGUAAGAUCUCUAUUCGAGCCGGAGAUGGCUUCCACAACUUGAAGGAGAUGAAGACCGUGGAACUUGUCAAGCCAACUGGUUGGGUUUACAUAUCCCUAUCUGGAAAUGAUCCUCGGGAAACUUUUGUGAACACUUUUAUGUUGCAAAUUGCUAUAUUGUCAAAUCACCUUAAUGGGAGAGAUACUCAUGUGCGCCAGAUCAAAGUUUAUGGGCCUCCACCGAACCCCAUCCCACGCCAGCCCUUCCAAUUCACUUCAAGGGAGUUCAUUACUUACUCUUCUGUGAGAUGAGAAGAACAGGAGCAUGUACUCAAAAGUACAGGGGAGAAGGAAGAGAGUACCAGAAUUGUGUUAGACUCUAAAGCAAAUUCGUGAAAUAACAUGUUGUAGUUCCCUGUUAGCAUGGACUAUAUUAAUAUUCUGCUGGGGUUUUCAAAUCAUUGAUAUAUGAUAGAUUGAAGAAGCAUGUAUUUAUAGUUCCCUGUUUCUUGGUUCCUAUGUAACAUUUGUUCGUCUGAAAAUAGAAGAACAUAAAUUUGUAAAAUCAGUUUGGUUAAUGUGCGUUUUCUUA